AUGCGGCAUUCCAUGGAUGACAACCCUAAUCUUUCUCUCCCUCGCGCCUCUUCCCCUUCCUCUUCGGAAUUCUUCAAACAAGUCCAACCUGCUCUCAAGCGCCAUCGCCCUCUCGGUUCGACGCAAUCGCAUAGCUUGAGGCCGAAGCGCUCCAUGGUGGCGCAGCGAAAUAUCUCGAACAAGUCCUACGAGGAUCCUCCGUCGAUUUCGGACACGUGCACCGAUGAAGGUUGCAAGAAUAAACCCUCUCUGCAGGUGGAAUCUCAGAGUGUCGGUGCGCACAAGAAGCCCCAGGCUCUGACUUUAUCUUCAGAUAUGAAGUUGGAUUCUUCUAGGUUAGAAAAGCAAGAAAAAAAUGCAAGUUGCAAAAGACCUUCAGGUCCACAAAAGAGGACCUAUGACCCUGAGGUGCACAAAGUGACUGACAAGGCUUUGUUUGAGGGAGUCAUAAAUGGUUCCUUCGGUAAUAAGACUGGUAGAGUCAAGGAUGAUGGAUUUAUAUACAUGGUGCUUGAAUAUGGGGAAAUUGAUUUGGCUCAUAUGUUGUCUCAAAAGUUGAAAGAACUUGAUGGGAACAACCAGACCAUGGAUGCGAACUGGCUUCGGUUUUAUUGGCAGCAAAUUCUUUUAGCUGUCAACACAAUUUAUGAAGAGCGUAUUGUGCAUUCUGACUUGAAGCCAGCCAACUUCCUCCUUAUCAAAGGUUCAUUAAAACUGAUUGAUUUUGGAAUAGCCAAAGCAAUAAUGAGUAAUACAACAAACAUUCAACGUGACUCACAGGUAUUUUAUUCUUGUAUACAUGGUUAUCAAUCUCAGGUUCUUGUAGCUGGAAUCAGGAUGAUGCAGUUUUAA